CCAAAGUUGGCCCGACCCGUAAGUUCUCAAAUCUUCCCAAUUUGGUCGUCCCACAACUGACAACACUAGCUUCGUCAACGUUUCCACCACUCUCCCUUCCGGCGAAGAUGUUGCCGCCGGAGAUUCAGUCUCGCUUCUCCCGACCGUAUAUGGCGGCUUCACUGAGUAGUCCUUCUUUCUCCUCACCGUCCUUCGAAGGCAGUGGUAAUGGCCUCGGUUACUCCCCCGACCGCAACCCUAACCCUAACAAUCGGUUUUCCGACGACGGUUCGUCAAACGUUAGUUCUCGAUCUCGAUUUUCUCCUUCUGCAUUUAUUCACAAUUAUCGGAUCGCCGUUGCUCUGGUCCCGUGCGCCGCGUUUCUGCUGGACCUGGGUGGCGCUCCCGUGGUCACCGCCUUGAUUUUGGGCCUCAUGGUAGCCUACAUACUUGAUUCCCUCGACUUCAAGUCUGCUGCCUUCUUCGGCGUGUGGCUUUCACUUGUGGCGGCUCAAAUCGCCUUCUUCUUCAGCUCCUCCAUUUUCCUCACAUUCAACUCUAUCCUUCUUAGCCUUUCCGCCGCGUUCCUUUGUGCCCAUUGCAAUUUCCUAAUUUGCAUCUGGGCUUCCCUGCAGUUCAAGUGGAUCCAGCUUGAGAACCCUUCAAUAGUCCUUGCUCUCGAGCGCCUCUUGUUUGCUUGUAUUCCUUUUUGUGCCUCUACACUCUUCACCUGGGCAACCAUCUCUGCCGUCGGUAUGAACAAUGCUUCUUACUAUCUCAUGGUUUUUAAUUGCCUUUUCUAUUGGCUCUUCUCUAUUCCUCGUCUAUCUUCGUUUAAGGCAAAAAGUGAAGCAAAAUACCAUGGUGGAGAGAUUCCUGAUGAUAACUUAAUCCUUGGUCAGCUUGAGAGUUGGUUCCAUACUUUGAAUUUGCUGUUUUCCCCCCUUUUGUUUCACAUUGCUUCUCACUAUUCAGUGAUAUUAUCGUCUGCUGCUUCCGUUUGUGAUUUGUUCCUUCUUUUCUUUAUUCCUUUCUUAUUCCUACUAUAUGCUUCAACAAGGGGUGCCUUUUGGUGGUUGACUAAGAAUGCACGACAGCUGCAUAGUAUUCGUGUGGUAAACGGUGCUGUUGCUGUGGUGGUUGUUGUGAUUUGUUUGGAGAUUAGAGUUAUUUUUCAUUCCUUUGGGAAGUACAUCCAGGUGCCACCGCCACUGAACUAUCUUCUCGUGACCUUAACGAUGCUUGGAGGGGCUGCCGGAAGUGGUGCUUAUGCUCUUGGGAUGGUUUCUGAUGCCUUCAGUUCAGUGGCCUUCACUGCAUUGGCUGUUGUUGUCAGUGCUGCUGGUGCUAUUGUUGUGGGAUUUCCUGUACUGUUCACUCCGCUCCCAUCAGCUACUGGAUUUUAUUUGGCUCAUUUUUUCACAAAGAAGAGCCUGCCCUCAUACUUCACAUUUGUUGUUCUCGGCAGUUUGAUGGUCAUGUGGUUUGUGUUGCAUAACUUCUGGGAUCUAAAUAUUUGGUUAGCAGGGAUGUCUCUUAAAUCCUUUUGUAAGCUCAUAGUUGCUAGUGUUCUCCUAGCCCUGGCUGUUCCUGGUUUAGCUCUUCUUCCAUCGAAACUUCAUUUUUUGACUGAGAUUGGUUUGAUAAGCCACGCAUUGCUCCUAUGCCAUAUUGAGGAUCAGGUUUUAAGCCAUUCAGUUCUAUACUAUUAUGGGUGGGAUGAUGAUGUGAUGUACCCAAGCUACGUGGUUAUCCUGACAACUUUUAUGGGUUUGGCUCUGAUCAGAAUGCUAUAUGCAGAUCGCUGUAUUGGGCAAAAGGCAGUUUGGAUUUUGACUUGCCUUUAUUCUUCAAAGCUGGCCAUGCUUUUUAUCUCAUCAAAGUCUGUUGUAUGGGUGUCUGCUGUUCUUUUACUGGCCAUUUCUCCUCCGUUGCUUCUUUACAAGGAUAAGUCGAGAACUGCAUCAAAGAUGAAACCCUGGCAAGGUUAUGCACAUGCUAGUGUGGUUGCUCUAGCAGUGUGGUUUUGUCGUGAAACAAUUUUUGAAGCUUUACAAUGGUGGAACGGGAGAGCUCCGUCUGAUGGUUUUCUUUUGGGUUUCUGCAUAUUCUUGAUUGGAUUGGCUUGUGUACCCAUCAUUUAUCUGCAUUUCUCGCAUGUUUUGUCUGCAAAGAGAAGCUUGGUGCUGGUGAUGGCCACUGGUCUGCUGUUUAUCAUGAUGCAGCCGCCAAUUCCAUUAUCGUGGACUUACAGAUCUGGCUUAAUUAAAGCUGCUCGUCAAUCUGCUGAUGACAUCUCAAUUUAUGGUUUCAUGGCAUCAAAACCUACAUGGCCAUCUUGGCUGCUUGUGAUGGCGGUUCUGCUCACUCUAGCAGCUGUAACAUCCAUCAUACCCAUCAAGUAUAUUGUGGAGUUAAGGGCAUUCUACUCCAUAGCCAUGGGGAUUGCUCUGGGCAUUUACAUAUCAGCUGAGUAUUUUCUUCAAGCUGCUGUCCUGCAUGCCCUCAUUGUUGUGACCAUGGUUUGUGCCUAUGUAUUUGUGGUAUUCACCCAUUUCCCAUCUGCCUCAAGUACAAAGCUCCUUCCGUGGGUGUUUGCGCUGCUUGUCGCUCUUUUCCCUGUGACUUAUUUGUUGGAGGGUCAGGUAAGAAUUAAAAGCAUUCUUGAAGGUAGUGGACUUGGAGAUAUGGGAGAGGAAGACAGAAAGCUCACCACUCUGUUGGCUGUUGAGGGGGCAAGGACAUCUCUUCUCGGUCUAUAUGCAGCAAUUUUUAUGCUUAUAGCGCUGGAGAUUAAGUUCGAGCUUGCCUCCCUUAUGCGGGAAAAGGCUAUUGAAAGGGGUGGAGUUAGACAUAGUCAAUCUGGUCAAAGUAGUUCCACUAGUUUUGCACCUCAAAUGAGAUUCAUGCAGCAACGCCGGGCAUCUUCAGUGGCAACUUUCACAAUCAAGAGGAUGGCUGCUGAGGGAGCUUGGAUGCCUGCGGUUGGGAAUGUUGCUACUCUAAUGUGCUUUGCUAUAUGCCUAAUCUUGAAUGUAAACCUUACUGGGGGCUCAAACCAAGCAAUAUUCUUCCUUGCGCCUAUUCUACUGCUACUUAACCAAGACUCUGAUUUCAUUGCUGGAUUCGGAGACAAGCAGAGGUAUUUCCCAGUUACAUUAGCGAUAUCGGCUUACUUAGUCUUGACUGCCUUGUACACUAUAUGGGAAGAAGUCUGGCACGGGAAUGCAGGCUGGGGCAUCGAAAUUGGCGGUGCGGACUGGUUAUUUGCGGUCAAGAAUUUGGCUCUUCUCUUUCUGACAUUACCAAGCCAGAUCUUUUUCACUCAGUUUGUUUGGAGUUUCACAAAGCAGACUAAUUCAACGCCACUUUUGACACUGCCGCUCAAUCUGCCGUCCAUCAUAAUAACAGAUGUGAUUAAGGUUAAGACAUUGGGGUUGUUAGGAGUUAUUUAUUCUAUAGCCCAGUAUAUAAUCUCUAGACAGCAAUAUAUCUCUGGAUUAAAAUAUAUUUAGGCAUACAGGACUGUGUACAAUAUGUUGUUUGGGAAUUUUCAAGUGAGAUGUGGAAGUUAGUGUUCCCCUCUGCCUUUUGUUAGCACAACAAGUGUCAAAAGAUGAUUUUUAUUGGUUAUAGGAUUUUGAGGAUCAAUUACGAUGCCUUUAAUUUUUUGAAAAUUCAGGUAUGAUUCAUGAUUGAAAA